AAGCUGUAAUGGUAUGUCACUGACAACUAGACAAUGCCAUGAGUUUUACUAUACUGAGGCAAACACUACCGUCUGAAAUGUCUUCAGAAUCAAUUAUUCCAGUUUCUAAAAACACAAAAGCCAGUCCCUUUUGUAUAAUUGUUUAACAUUUGCAUACACGUUCUAUUUGUACUUGCAUAGUAAGCCAUUGAAGGUGCAGGUAUUUAAAAGCAAGGGUUCUGCAAUAGCUAUUAUAAAACACUAUAUUCACACUAAAUGUUCUGACUUAAGUGCUUCUAAAUGUCUUUCCAGCUGGGGAACAUUGAAUACUUGAACCAUGUCAUAAGUGUAUUUAUUAAUUAUAUUUCUGCUAAAAAUGUAAUUACAUUGAGUCAUCUAUUUAGAGUGCAGGCUUGACUAGGAAUUGCAUUGAUUGGCUUGGCUCAACGUCAAGUAUACCAGACAGAUCUUCAUAGGAAUUUGUACAAAAUAAAUUCCUGAAUAAAAAAAGAGAAGUAACAGUGUCCCUUCCGUGUUUUACGUGUAGUUGACGGAGGCGAGAGAUUUGACAAAUGGUACGUCAAUAAUAAUUGCUGAUCCUCAACUCAAGCACAGUUUUACUUCCGUUCCCUAUGGUCUGGAGGACGGCUGCUAUCACCACAGCUAACUGCUGCAGCUCGCUUUGCAAGUCAUGAAGAUGGCGAACGUGCUGCUGGAGUUCAAGGCUGCUGCCGGAGACUCAGAGCCCCAAAGCCGCCCCGUUUUAGUUAUCGGACAACAAAACAAUCUGCAGCAAGUUAACUGGAGCCAGAUCAAGGGAAAGCUUCAACCAGCCGUUAGCAAAGAGGUUUGGCUGGCGGCUCUCGCUGCGUUGAGCCCCAACCCCACGGACAGCUGCCCCCUGUACCUGAACCAUGCCACGGUGGCAGCCCUGCCCGCCAGGGUCAGCCGGCACAACAGCCCCUCCUCUGCCCACUUUGUCUCCCGCCUCGUACGGUCCUGUCUGCCCGGGGGCAACAAUCGCUGCAUCGUGAUGGUGUGCGAGCGCUCGGACGUGUUUGCGUCUUCCUGCGCCAUCUCCCGGGCGUUCCCCACCUUCUCCCGCCGCUCUGCGUCCUCGCGCAGGACGGAGAAGAAGAAGGUCACCGUGGAGUUCAUUGUGGUAGGCCAGGAGAGCAGCUCCGUGGAGCCGGCAGAGCUUCAGUGUCUUGCCAAUGCUGCCGACGGCGUGAGGUUGGCUGCCCGCAUCGUGGACACGCCCUGCAACGAGAUGAACACUGAUCACUUCCUGGAUGAGAUCAAAGCCGUUGGUGCAGAGCUGUCAAUCACACCUGUGAUCAUUCGAGGAGAGGAACUGAAGCAGAAAGGUUUUGGAGGUAUUUAUGGAGUGGGCAAGGCAGCAGAGCAUCCCCCUGCCCUUGCAGUACUGAGCCACACACCGGCUGGGGCCACCCAGACCAUUGCAUGGGUGGGGAAGGGCAUCGUGUACGACACUGGUGGACUCAGCAUUAAGGGAAAGACCACGAUGCCAGGGAUGAAGAGGGACUGCGGGGGAGCUGCAGCCAUCCUGGGAGCUUUCAAAGCCACCGUUAAACAGGGCUUUAAGGACAACCUUCAUGCAGUUUUCUGUCUAGCGGAGAAUGCGGUUGGACCCACAGCCACGCGGCCCGAUGACAUUCACACGCUGUACUCUGGGAAGACUGUGGAGAUCAACAACACGGAUGCAGAGGGCAGACUGGUGCUCUCCGAUGGAGUGGUGUAUGCCAGCAAGGACCUGUCCGCAGACAUCAUUCUAGACAUGGCCACCCUGACGGGGGCACAGGGGAUCUCCACAGGGAAGCACCAUGCGGCCGUGCUGACCAACAGUGAGGCAUGGGAGGCGGCGUGUGUGCGGGCGGGCCGCAGCAGCGGAGACCUGGCCCACCCGCUGGUGUACUGCCCCGAGCUGCACUUCAGCGAGUUCACCUCGGCCCUGGCCGACAUGAAGAACUCUGUGGCAGACCGGGAGAACGCCCAAAGCUCUUGUGCAGGCCUAUUCAUAGCCGCUCACCUGGGCUUCGACUGGCCUGGUGUGUGGGUCCACGUGGACAUGGCCUAUCCUGUCCAUGUUGGCGAGCGUGCCACAGGGUUUGGCGUUGCUCUGCUCAUGGCGCUGUUCGGCCAGGCCUCAGACGACGCCAUGUUGAACAAAGUGUCUCCCCUGAGCUUGGACAGCGGGGCGGCGGGGGACGGCACGGGGCGGGACUGCAAGCGGAGACGACUGGUCUGAAGACCUCUGACUCGCUCUCACUGAACGCUCAGUAGUCAGUCAGUGGGCCUAAAUUGGGAUCAAAUUUGAGGCGUUGUUAGUCCAGUUCAAAACCAGGCUCUAAAAAAAAAAACAUUGAGUAGGUUAAAUGUUUUGAGUGGAUUAGCGAUUGGGGUGACUAAUGAUGAAGACUGUCUGCCUUUGCACUUAUUUUGCUGAUUAUCCUUCUGGCAUUAAUACUAUUGAAUCUGUAAUAAACACUUUUUACUAUCACUGAUUAUUCUUGCCAACCGUUGUAUUCCAAUCUGGAUAAUAAGUAAAAAAAGUUAUGCAAUGAAAAUGCAGUGUUUAACAUUUAUUCAUGUUGAAACAAAACUUUCCACUUAAUUAUGUGUAUUGAUACUUCCUGGUGUUUGAUUUUGGGACAUCAAGGGUUUAACCCAUAUAUUACUAUUAACAACUAUUGGUUAUUAUUGAGUAGAAGCAGAAUACUUCAGGGCUGCUACCAGUAAAACAAUUAUUUACAUGCUACAGUACCAGAAAAGGGAAACAUUAAAUGUAUUAAUGUUUACAUUGGUUUCUUGAAAUAUACAAUUUUCACACACUCGCACAAUUUUCCGAUGGUUCAUGCAGUGUAGUGCCCUGUAAUCUUUCUCUCUUGCUCUCAAACAAAAUCUGUGCAUGCCAAGUAGUGUGAAGUUCAUCUUCCUCUUGGAUGACACUGAGGACCCAAAAAUAUUUGAGGGCUUAAAUGUCUGGUUGGAAUGACGGAUGAAUUAAUCCACUCUUUGAUUUAGAUCUAGGGCUAGAUAAAACAUUUGGAAUUUAGCCAGGCCCAGGCCAAAAGAUGCUGGAUUUUAAGUGAUUAACAUAAAGAUAACAUUCAAUACACAAAUGGUCAAAAUCUGCAAUUGUUAUGAAUAAACGCUGUCACAAUGGGACUUGAUUCCUUCUGGUU